UUCUCUCAUAACGCAUGGACGUAUUAGCUACAUCGGGCUUCUCUACCGUUUACUCGCUUAGGAGUAGUGUUCGUCAGCGAUUCAAUCCGAGAAACGCCGGGACUAGAUCGCUGCCGGGCCUCUGGUUUUCAGGUUUCUCCUUGGGAGGCCUUGGAAUGGUUCUUUUUGCUUUUUCCGUUUCUUCCCUCUCCUCCUCCUUCAGCCAUCCGUCACAUCAGUAAGUAUCCACGGCGCCUAUUAAACUUUGGGAAUGCGCAUCCGACUUUAGUUGCUCGGUGCAACAGCGCGCAAAAAGUACCUUCUGCCCCCCCCCAAGGCUUCUUUUCCCUUUAAUUUACUUUAGAGUAUCAGUUUUUGGCUUUAGGAAAACGGGCCGCGCCGGAUAUUUAAGGCUAAUCUGCACCAGUUCGGUCCCUCCGCAUGGACGGUCGGGUUAGAGCGCAUCCGACGAUGAGCACUAUGCUUAAUCACGCUUGGACCCUGUAAGGAGAAUAGAUAUAGGUAUACCAGCACGUUGGUGUUAAACUGGCCAAUGCACUGGGUUGGAGUCUAGAACUGACCGCGGCAAACAGCGGAUAAGAUUAGGAAUGAUAUUACCUGCCUGCGAGGGAUGCAAGAACAUAUUUAGAG